AUGCGCCCGCCGCAGCCAGAGACUUGUGUCAAGUUUGGCCCGAGUAAGAUUUCCUAUCUGCUUCCUCUCUGUACACAUACUUGCAGCUCGAAUAUUGAUACUUAUCUCUGUCAAACCUCUCAGAAGUCAAACAGGAAAUCCCAAGCUACUCAAGCCAAAGAAAGUGACACCAAACGCGCUCGCUUUAAGAUUCUCCACGCCGAGCAUAAGGAUCCAGCCCAGUUAUUCGAUCUACUUUCGAGCACUGCUGGAUACAUUCCUGACAAAUCUGAAGUGGACAAGGUCCGAGAACACAACAACCAACUAGAUCGUGUUUUUGGCUUUUUGGAACUGAGCGAGAGAAUGCGAGCAAUUGUCGCAGCCUACUGGGAGGCAUUUACCUCAGGGAUGCAGGGAACCUUUGCCUCACUCCAGCGGAAACUCGAACUCACCAAUGAAGCUGAUCAAGACAAAAUCACCACACUGAUCCGGUGCGCUCACUCCGUCCGAUUCCCCUCGGACAAUCCUUCUGGAUUGUCGAAUGAAGAGAUGCUUGCUGCAAUUGAGGGCUCCACCCCUCCCACCAAAAAGAUACUCACCAAGGCUGACAGAAUCGAAUGGUCAACCGCAAUCGUCCAGGAAGGCUUCCGAGCAGAAUAUGAGGGACACGAUCUCAUUGUUCUCCCAACCCUGAAAACCCUCACAGAAUUUGCAGGCCUAUGGCAGCGAAAUGCUUAUAAGGCACCCUACACUUCGAUUGUCGGCCCAACCAUGAGCGGCAAUAUCUACUGGCCAGCCCCCUCGUUCCGAAAUUGCAAGUUACUUCCUCCCACCGGUGGCACCGAAAUCAGGCAUGCUCAAGCACUAUACUCACUUAUUGGCUGCAAUCCUCAACACGGUUUCUAA